AUGGCUCCUGAAGCUGCCAAAAAGAAAGACCCAAGAGCUUGGGAUGGGCUUACCCCUCCUCUAGCAGAAUGGAUAUUAGAUGCUAUUUCCGCCAUGGGCUUUGACCGAAUGACCCCUGUGCAAGCUUCAACCAUUCCCCUCUUCACCGGGAACAAAGACGUUGUAGUCGAGGCUGUAACUGGGAGUGGAAAGACCCUGGCAUUUCUAAUACCUGUCGUCGAAAAACUAUUGCGACUCGAAGAGCCCAUCAAGAAACACCAUGUCGGCGCAAUUAUCGUCUCACCUACUCGAGAACUGGCAACACAAAUACACACCGUCCUCCGUACCCUACUCAACUUCCACCAAACGUCCGCCGACGCUCUAGUUCCUAACGAAGAUGGAGAGACGAAGAGAUCUACCUCCUCACAUUCCGUUCUACCACAGCUUCUCCUAGGUGGGACAACUACGCCGGCGCAAGAUCUAAGCAGGUUUCUCAAAAAUAGUCCAAAUCUACUUAUAUCUACUCCCGGAAGACUCCUUGAACUUCUCUCGUCUCCGCACGUACAUUGUCCUCAAUCUUCUUUCGAAGUCCUCGUCCUGGACGAAGCGGAUCGAUUGCUAGAUUUGGGAUUCAAAGACGAUCUACAGAAGAUCUUAGGACGUUUACCGAAGCAAAGACGCACUGGUCUCUUCAGCGCAAGUGUCAGUGAAGCGGUUGGUGAGAUUGUCAGAGUGGGAUUGCGAAAUCCUGUCAAAAUUGCCGUCAAAGUGAAGACCGCAGCAGGGGAUGAUAAACGGACGCCAGCGAGUUUGCAAAUGUCAUAUUUGCUGACUCCUGCCAGCCACAAAUUUCCUGCUCUCCUCUCGCUGUUGUCACAACUGGAUCCUGCGCCCCAGAAAAGCAUUAUAUACCUCUCAACUUGCGCAGCAGUCGAUUAUUUUCAAGAUAUCCUCGGCGCAUUGCUUCCGAAGCAAUUCUCCUUGGUAACCCUCCAUGGGAAACAUCCACCGAACGUACGACAGAAGAACUUUUCAAAAUACAUCACAGCAGUCACACCCACAAUUCUCCUUACUACCGAUGUAGCAGCACGUGGUCUCGACAUUCCCCAAGUUGACCUAGUCGUGCAAAUCGACCCACCAUCCGAACCUAAGGUCUUCCUUCACCGCUGCGGACGAGCAGGAAGAGCAGGGCGCAAAGGCCUCAGUGUAAUAUUCCUCCAGCCCGGCCGAGAAGAAGACUACAUCCCCUUCCUCGAAGUCCGCAAGACGCCAAUUACACUCCUCACCACACCCACCAUCGCAAUUACAGAAGAUGGAGCGAAGGCGACUGCAAAGAAGAUGCGAAAAGAAGUUUUGGCCGAUAGAGCUUUAUAUGACAAAGGCCAGAGGGGGUUUGUUAGUUGGGUAAAAGCUUACUCUAAGCACCAAGCCAGCAGCAUCUUCCGCGUCUCCGACCUCGAUUGGGCAGACCUAGGGAACGCCUGGGGCCUGAUUCGUCUGCCAAAGAUGCCGGAGCUAAAGCAAUGGGAGGGAGACAAGAAGCUCGGCGUGGAGAUCAAUAUGGCGGAAUACGCAUACAAAGACAAAGCGCGCGAGAAGGCUCGCAGGAUAGCGAUGGAGGAAGAGAAGAAUAAAGCGCCGUACGUGCCUAGUGAGGAUGUGAUUCGGAAGCGUAAGGAGCGGGAGGCGUGGAGUGCGAAGCAUGAGCAGCAGGAUGUCAAGGAGGCGAGGAGAGAGAAGAAGAGGAGGAAGAGGGAGGCGGAGCGAGUGGAGAAGAUGACCGAUGAGGAGAAGGCUGGGGAGGCGGAGGUGCAGAGAUUGAUUGAAGAGGUUAAGAGGAAGACGGCGGAGGAGGAGAGUGAGGUAUGGAAUGGUUUUGAUAAUUAG